GAGCGAGGCACCCAGAGCGCCGCAGCCCGGAGGCGGACGGAGGCACGGAGCAGAGGAGGAGGAGAGGAGACCACAGACCCAAGAGGAGGCGGAGAUGGUGGCGAUGAGCGUGGACGAGGACGAGGAGCGGCGGCUGGACGACCGGCCCAUGCACCAGGGAUGCAUGGCCGGCUUCCUCCACCUCUUCGACCGCCCCCAGAUCCUCUCCGGCCGCCGGCUCCACGGCUCGCCGCGCCGCCUCAUGUCCUCGGGCUCCAGUGGGUCGGCGACGCCGUCGGAGCGGUCGAUGCAGCUGGACCGGGCGACGCCGGCGCCUUCGUCGCCGGACAUGACGCCGCCGGCCGCGCCGAGGCCGUCGCUGCAGCUCCCGCCGCUGGACCUCAAGGACGGCGGCGGCGGCGCCGGUGGGUUGGGUGGGAUCGGCGCCGCGCCGUCGUGGAGGCUGCCGCGGCUCUCGCUCGACAGCCGCGCGGUCGUGGACGCCAGGGGCAAGCUCCGGCCGCGCGAGAUCCGGACCUCGCCCGCCCCCGGCGGCGCGCCCCCGUCCCCGUCCGCGGGGGACGAGCGGCGGUCUCCCAGCGUCGUCGCGCGGCUCAUGGGCCUCGACGCUCUCCCGCACGGCCAGACGGCGGCGGGGGACGGCGCGCAUUCCGGCGCUGCCAGCCCGGCCGCGCUCCGGCGGUCGGCGUCGGAGCGGGUGCCGAGGGACCCGUCGCACUUCCGGUUCGUCGACCCGGCCUUCUUCGAGCGCCCCGCGUCGCCGCUCCCGCCGCUGAUGCAGAGGCCGUCGCCGUCGGCGGCGGCUGCGGCCGCGGAGGCGGCGAUGAUGCGGCGGGCGCCGCCGGAUCCGGCCUGCCCGCGCGCGUUCCAGAGGCGCAGCCGCUUCGACGCCCACGAGGUGUUCCCGGACCCCGCGAGGCGCGCCGACCCGACGGCUGCCGGCGCACACGGCGAGAUCGCGCUCUACGGCGAGAUCGAGCGGCGCCUCCGCAAGCGCGGCAUCGCGGAGCCGGCGCGGGAUCUCGAGACGCUCAAGCAAAUCCUGGAGGCGCUGCAGCUCAAGGGCCUGCUCCACCACGCCCCGCCGCAGCCCGUCCGCACCGCGCCGCCACCGCCCAUCGUCGUCAUGCGCCCGUCCAGUCGCGCGCUGCCGCAGGUGCAGCCGGCGGCACGGUUGACGCCCGCGCGGCGGCUCCGCGUCGACGUCGACCGCGCUCGCCGCCCACGGUCGCCUGAUCCGUCUGCGUCCCCCGCGCGGAGCCCGGCAUCCCCCGCGAGACGCGGCCCGCACUCGCCGCAGCGGCGUGUGUCUCCGGCGCAGUCCCCGAAGCAGCAGCCGCCGCCGCAGCCUUUCAGGAGGCCAAGCGGCUUUGACUCCGCGGGCGCCCGUGCCCGCAUUGCCCGCCGCGCGGCGCAGAACGCCGCGGCGCUCUCUCCCGACGACGAGGCCUCAACCACCUUUUCCGACGGCGGCAGCAGCAGCUCCUUCAGCGCCUCCUCCCGCUGGGACUUGGAGCCGCAGCCGGACACCCGGACGGACCGCGUGCUGGAGCGGUGCGGGAAGCUCCUGAGCAGCAUCCAGGCUUUCACCGGCGGCGACGCGGCGGGGUCCGACCAGCAGCCGAGCCCGGUGUCCGUGCUCGACGCGGCGGCCUUCCUCGCCGACGAGGAGUCGCCGUCGUCGUCGUCGGGGUCGAAACGAGCCAUCGACUUCAGCAGCAGCAGCGUCGGCCGCCCGAAGCCUUCGGCAGCCACGGCGGCGUCCGACCCGGAGGAUGACGAGUGGGCCCUCGCGCCGUGGCCCGCGGUGGGCCCCGAUGCGGGCGGCGACCCGGACUACGCCUACGUGGCGGAGCUGGUCCGGCUGUUCGGUGGCGCCCGCAGGCUGCGGGACCCGGCCGACGUGUACAAGGCCGCGGAGCAGGGGCGCCCCGUCGACACGUGGCACCACCGGAUGCUGCUGUGCGGUGCGGUGGGCGAGGCCCUGGAGCGGCAGCGCGCGGCGUGCCCGUGGGAGCCCGCGGCGUGGCUCCGCGGCGCCGAGCUCGUGGACCACGUCUGGGCCGAGGUCAGGCGCGCCGGCGAGCCCGUGUCGCUGGCCGCCGGGGAAGAGGACAUGAACGACGUCACCUGCAACGCGAUCCGGCGCGACCUUACCGUUGACGGCGGCCGGUGGGCGCCGACGCAGCAGGGGCGGCGGGUGGUCUCGGGAGCGGAGGCAGCGGAGGCCGUGCUGCAGAUCGAGCGGCUGGUGUUCAAGGACCUGGUCGCCGACACGAUCCGCGAGCUCGCCGACGCGGACCGGCCUCUUCCCCGCCGGAAGCUGGUCUUCUGAUCAGGCCAGGUACAACAACGCCGGCAGCGUCACCGGAGGCUGCUAUCAGGCGCCAGAGAAUCGAAAGUGGAAAAAUAAUGGAAUUUAACUCUUAAUUUUCUGUUCCUUGUGUUUCUGUUCCUCCUAUUAGCAUUAGCGAGCCAUGUAAAAUUAUCUAGUUACUGCUAUUUUUACUCCCUACUAGUAGCCCUAGGCCAUGUUGAUUACUGCUAAUCGGUGUGUUUCGAUAGCCACGGAAGUGAGGUUGAUGUAAUGAUGGAGCAGUUUUAAGCACUCCACUGAAUGAAUGAUGCGUUUUCACUCAA